UUCAGGCUAGUUUGACCGUUGAUGAGAGAAAAUGAGUCAAUCUUAUUCAAUGCAGGACAUUUUCCAGAAGAAUGAGUUGAAUGGAUCUUUUAAGGUGGUGUCAGAGAUGAGAACGGCCCGUCCAAACCCAGACUACGCAGAUCCGUCAUGCUGCAUGAGCGUCAAAAAUGUGUCCUAUACUGUGAGUGAACAUGUAGGACCCUGGUGGGACCUUUCAUCUUUUAGAAAAAAAUGGACAAGGCAAAUACUGAAUGAAGUGUCAUUUCAUGUGGACAGUGGGCAGAUAAUGGGAAUUCUGGGAAACUCGGGCUCUGGAAAGACCACUCUGUUAGAUGCUAUAGCAGGAAGAAUUGGGAAUUCUGGUAACCUUCUGGGAGACAUUUUUGUAAAUGGAAGAAAGCUAAAAACAGAGCAGUUUCAAGACUGUUUCUCUUAUGUUCUUCAGAGUGACAAUCUCUUGAGCUACCUGACUGUGGAGGAAACUCUGACAUACACUGCUCAACUUGCUUUGAGAAAACACUCUGCUGAGGCCAUACGCAAGAAAGUAACCGCGGUCAUGGCAGAGUUGAGUUUGGGACAUGUGGCUCACAGUGUGAUUGGAGGCCGCAUUUUUCCAGGCAUUUCUGGUGGAGAGAGAAGGAGGGUCUCCAUUGCCAGCCAGCUUCUUAAGGACCCAAAGGUGAUUCUCCUGGAUGAGCCAACCACAGGACUGGACAGCAUGACGGCUAAUCAGAUCGUGAUGCUGCUGGCUGAGCUGGCCAGAAGAGAUCGAAUAGUCAUAGUCACCAUCCACCAGCCCCGUUCAGAGCUAUUCAGAAUCUUUAACCGAAUAGCAAUCAUGAGCCGAGGGGAACUGGUGUUCUGUGGGCAGCCUGAAGAGAUGGUGGAUUUCUUCAGCAGCUGUGGAUAUGAGUGUCCUGAGUACUGCAACCCCUUUGAUAUUUUUGUUGAUCUGACUUCUGUGGACACACGCUGCAGCGAGAGGGAAGCCGCCACCUACAGCCGCAUGCACGACAUCACAUCAGCCUACCAGAACUCAGAGAUCUUUAAAGGCAUGCUGGGAAGGAUCGAGCAAAGCUGCCAAGGACUAGACAAACCCAUGAUCCCCUUCAAAAGCAAGGAGUCCCCCAACUGCCUGUCCAAACUGAAUGUCCUCCUGAGGCGGACCGUACGCAAUGUGUCUCGUGAUAGGAUGGGCAUUCUCAUGCGCCUCUCUCAGAAUCUCAUCUACGGCCUCUUUAUUGCUUUUUUUCUCAUGAAGCUGGGUAAGGAUGUAACAAAAGGUGCCGUGCAGGACAGAAUCGGUAUAAUCUACCAAGCUAUGGGUGCAUCACCAUAUACCGGCAUGCUGAAUGCUGUGGCUCUAUUUCCUGCUUUAAGGGCCAUUGCUGACCAGGAGAGUAAAGAUGGCUUGUACCAGAAAUGGCAGAUGUUUCUGGCUUACAUCAUCCAUAUCCUGCCCUUCAGUAUUAUCAGUGUGUUCAUCUUUACCUCUUUCCUGUAUUGGAUUGUUGGGAUGAACCCAGAUCCCCUGCGCUUCCUGUGUUUUUCAGCAGUGGUCAUGGUGCCACACAUCGUAGGUGAACUCUUAACGCUGGUCUUGUUGGGUGUCGUUCAAGACCCCAAUAUGGUCAACAGUGGGGUCGCUCUACUCAAUAUAGCUGGAAUCAUGGUGGGCUCUGGAUUUCUAAGGGGUUUUAAACAAAUGCCUAAAGUAUUCCAGUGGCUGAGUUAUCUAACUUUCCAGAAGUACGGCUGUGAGCUCCUUAUCGUCACUGAGUUCUAUGGCCUAAACUUCACCUGCACCCCUUUAGCUGGUUUGCCAGGAGCUUGUCUGGUAGACAGUGGUAAUAUGAUCAUAGAUGAGGGUUAUCCUGGAGCUCUCUCACGUUACACACUAGACUUCCUCCUGCUCUAUGCCUUCCUGCCUGGGCUCGUGAUACUGGGCAUCAUCAGCUUCAAGAUACGAGACCACCUCAUCAAACGCUAAGCUUCUGUAUGUGUUAUUGUGCCUGUGAGCAAAUGUGUAUAAAAUAUCAUGUUCUUUAGUUUGUACAUAGGAUAUCUCUAGAUCAUAUAUGUUGAUUAUAUAUAAAAAAAAACUAAAGUGAAAGCUGAAUCCAUCUACCUUUUCCACAGUUAUAGAUCCAUUUUCUCCACAAUGUUCACCAGUAUUGUGA